GCCGUGGCAUGGAGCCGGUCUAUUUCUGGCGGGGCAUCAUCGUCUUUCCAUGCAUAUUAUAUAUGCGUUUUUGCGGCAACAGAAUUCAAACGAGUUUCUUGCGUUUCCUCAGAGCUCGCAGAAGUUUCAGAGAGAGAGAGAGAAUUUUAGAGAGAGAUGGGCAGUUUCUGCAAGGAUUACGUGGGGGAAAUCAUUCAGGCAUGGUACAUGGAUGACAGUAAUGAAGAUCAGAGGCUCCCCCAUCACCGCAAUCCUGAGGAAUAUGUGACUCUAGAUCAACUUGCUGUAGAACUAGGAGUACUCAGCUGGCGAUUAGAUGCUGACAACUAUGAAACGGAUGAAGAGCUGAAAAAAAUUCUCCAAGCACGCGGAUAUUCCUACAUGGUUUGUCGGGCAUCUCUUUAUCAAUCUAUUGUUCAUCUCUCUCUCUCUCUCUUCUUCUCUAUCAAUCUAUGUGACUCUAGAUAUAUAGAUUGUGUUCCCAUCGCAUGCAUCAUUCGAUCAAAACUGAAGCCUCAAGCUUUGGUUCAGGACAUGAUUGAGGUUUGCCCAGAGAAGUUGCCAAAUUAUGAAGAAAAGAUCAAAAAUUUCUUCGAGGAACAUCUCCACACUGACGAGGAGAUCCGUUAUUGCAUUGCAGGAAGUGGCUACUUCGAUGUGAGGGGUUGUGAUGAUGCUUGGAUACGAAUCUGGGUAAAGAAAGGGGCGGUGAUUGCCCUUCCUGCUGGAAUUUACCACCGCUUCACUCUGGAUACAAACAACUAUAUUAAGGCAAUGCGGCUCUUUGUUGGUGAGCCAGUUCGGACUCCAUAUAAUCGGCCCCAUGAUCAUUUGCCUGCUAGGAAAGAGUAUGUUGAAACUUUUGUACAGAAAGGAGCUACCAAUCAAGCUGUUGAUGCUGCUGGUGCUUGAAACAUGUUAAUCCUAUAGAAAGGAGCAACCAAUCAACCAAUCAAACUUUUGUAUAGUUCUUUCUCCCCAUAAGCCUUUUAGCUACCCCCUGCCUCCUUUUCCUCCCCAUUCCCCUUGCUGCCCCGUCUCUUUCUUCCUUCCUUAUUGUGUCGUGCUUGUGGGUUUUCUGAUGACUCUGUUUAUUUAGCUUUUCCUUCCGCUGCGAAAUCAAUUGGUCUACUACCAUGGAUUUAGACCGCCUGCUCUUGCCUCCUUCCUCUCCAGGACGAGGAUGUCUUUGUUGAUUGGAGGCCUUUGCAUGUGAUGGGCUUCCAUAGAGUUGUUUUAGUAUUCUUUUUGUCCCUUUCUCUCUUUUAAGGAGGCGAUUUAUUAUUAUUUGUUUCUCUCUGUUUCUUUCUACCUCGUAUGUUCGAGGUUUUUCAGCUAUAGUCAUGUAGCUCUCUAUUGUUUCUUGUUUAGCUUUUAUUCUCAGUUUAUAUAAUUUUCGUAUUUGCUGGA